CAAAGCAGAGAGAGAGAGACAGAGUCCCAGGGAGAGGACGAAGUAGUGAAGGCGGUGAGGCGAGGUUCUUUAGCAAAGACGGCAGGAGGCCUAUUCAGUGCAGCAGGAAAAUUGACCAAAUCAGGAUAGACGAAGAAACGGGGAUAGAACCGGAGCCAAGCACAGUGAAAUCCGGCGGCCAAGCAACCGGAGGCCUUCUGAUUGCUUUUGAGUGAAGAUGUCACACACUGGUGGUGGUGCAGAGGGACAUGCACGUCAAAAACAGUAUGAGUAUCGUGCUAAUUCCAGUCUUGUUCUAACAACUGAUUCUCGCCCACGAGACACACAUGAACCAUCUGGUGAGCCCGAGUCCCUUUUUGGAAAAAUAGAACCUAAAUCAUUUGGGGAUCUUGCCUACAAGGGAAGACCACCCGAGUUGGAUGAGAAAAUUCAGAGGGCUAGGAAGAAAAAGCAUCUUGACUCUGAAUCCACUAAGCCAAGCAAGAAGAGGAGAAAGAUUCAGGAAGAAAGUGUCCUUACCGUAACAGAAGAAGGUGUUUACCAGCCAAAAACCAAGGAAACUAGGGCUGCUUACGAGGCAAUGCUCUGUAUGAUUCAGCAGCAAUUAGGUGGACAGCCCCUCAACAUUGUGUGUGGGGCAGCUGAUGAGAUUUUGUCCGUUCUAAAGAAUGAUAACUUCAAGAACCCUGACAAGAAAAAAGAAAUUGAAAAGUUGUUAAAUCCCAUUUCCACCAAUGUAUUUGAGCAGUUGGUGUCAAUUGGCAAACUCAUCACAGACUUUCAAGGCGAUGGCGAUGUUGCAAUAAAUGGAGAUGAAGCUCUUGAUGAUGAUGUCGGUGUCGCAGUUGAGUUUGAGGAAAAUGAUGAAGAAGAAGACGAAGAAAGUGACCUAGAUGUGGUGCCUGAGGAUGAAGAUGAGGAUGACGAUGUGCAAGCUAAUGGUGCUGGCACUAUGCAGAUGGGCAAUGGCAUCGACGAUGAUGAAAUGCAGGAGCAUGAUGAGGGAAUGACGUUGAAUGUUCAGGAUAUAGAUGCUUAUUGGCUUCAAAGAAAGAUUUCUCAAGCUUAUGAGAAGCAGAUUGAUGCACAACAAAGCCAAAUACUUGCUGAAGAGGUUCUUAAAAUCCUUGCUGAAGGGGAUGACCAUGAAGUAGAAACCAAGCUGCUAGUGCAUCUGCAGUUUGAGAAGUUCAGUCUCAUAAAGUAUCUUUUGCGAAACCGUCUGAAGGUAGUCUGGUGUACUCGACUUGCAAGGGCCGAAGACCAAGAAUCACGGAAGAAAAUUGAAGAAGAAAUGUUAGGUUUAGGGCCAGAGCAUGCUGCAAUAUUAGAACAGUUGCAUGCCACUAGGGCAACUGCAAAAGAGAGACAAAACAAUUUGGAGAAAAGCAUUAGGGAAGAAGCUCGGCGGCUUAGAGGAGAGUCUAGAACAGAUGGUGACUUGAAAAUAAAGGGACAUGCUGAUAGGGAUCUUGAUCACGGUUGGUUGAUGGGUCAACGUCAGUUGCUUGAUCUUGACAGCCUUGCCGCCCAUCAGGUGGGUUUAGUCCCGAAAAAUUGUCAGCUUCCGAUGACAUCUGUUAGGUCUCAGAUGAAGGGUUACGAGGAACUUCAUGUGCCUAGACUGACACCAAAGCCAUUAGCUCCGGGUGAAGCUCUUGUAAAGGUCUCUUCCCUUCCAGAGUGGGCACAGCCAGCGUUCAGUGGGAUGACCCAUUUGAACAGGGUGCAAAGCAAAGUUUAUGAGACUGCUCUAUUUUCUCCUGAAAAUAUUUUACUGUGUGCUCCCACUGGAGCUGGAAAGACCAAUGUAGCUAUGCUCACUAUACUUCAUCAAAUCGCAACACACCGUAACAAAGAUGGAUCUUUCAACCAUAACAAUUAUAAGAUUGUCUAUGUGGCACCCAUGAAAGCCCUAGUUGCUGAAGUAGUUGGCAAUCUCUCCAAGCGUUUGGAGCACUAUGGUGUCAGUGUGAAAGAAUUGAGUGGAGAUCAAACUCUAACUCGUCAGCAGAUUGAAGAAACUCAUAUUAUUGUGACAACCCCGGAGAAAUGGGAUAUUGUAACAAGAAAGUCAGGUGAUCGUACCUAUACACAGCUAGUUACACUUCUUAUCAUUGAUGAGAUACAUCUUUUGCAUGACGACAGAGGUCCUGUUUUGGAAAGUAUUAUUGCUAGAACAAUCAGACAGGUUGAGACCACAAAAGAUCAUAUACGACUGGUUGGAUUAUCUGCUACUCUCCCAAACUAUCAGGAUGUGGCUGUGUUUUUGCGAGUUAACCUGGAUAAGGGCCUCUUCUAUUUUGACAAUAGUUACAGGCCUGUCCCAUUGGCUCAACAGUACAUUGGAAUCACUGUUAAAAAGCCGUUGCAGAGAUUCCAGCUGAUGAAUGAUAUUUGCUAUGACAAGGUAAUCAGCAGGGCAGGAAAGCAUCAAGUGCUUAUUUUUGUCCACUCCAGGAAGGAGACCACUAAAACCGCUUGUGCAAUACGAGAUUCUGCACUUUCUAAUGACACACUGAGUAAGUUUUUGAAGGAGGAUAGUUCAACACGGGAAAUUCUUCAGUCUCAUACAGAGCUUGUCAAAAGCAAUGAUCUCAAAAAUCUUUUACCUUAUGGUUUUGCAAUUCAUCAUGCUGGGUUGGUAAGGGCUGAUCGUGAACUUGUGGAGUUACUUUUUGCUGACGGCCAUGUGCAAGUGUUGGUUUCAACGGCUACCUUAGCAUGGGGGGUCAACUUACCUGCACAUACUGUCAUUAUAAAAGGCACACAAGUAUACAAUCCUGAAAAAGGAGCAUGGACUGAACUCAGUCCUCUUGAUGUUAUGCAGAUGCUUGGCCGUGCUGGAAGGCCUCAGUAUGACACUUAUGGUGAAGGAAUCAUCAUAACGGGACACCGUGAGCUGCUAUAUUAUCUCUCUUUAAUGAAUCAGCAACUUCCUAUUGAAAGUCAGUUUAUAUCUAAGCUGGCUGAUCAGUUGAAUGCUGAGAUUGUCCUUGGGACAGUGCAGAAUGCAAGAGAGGCUUGCAAGUGGCUCCUCUAUACGUACCUCAUUGUUCGGAUGGUGCAAAAUCCCACUCUUUAUGGUCUUACUUUUGACGAUGUCAAGAACGACCCUACUCUGGAGGAAAGGCGUGCAGACUUGGUUCAUUCUGCUGCUACAUUACUGGACAAAAACAACCUGGUUAAGUAUGACCGAAAAAGUGGAUAUUUUCAGGUGACUGACUUGGGUCGUAUUGCUAGCUAUUACUAUAUAACUCAUGGGACAAUUUCCACAUACAAUGAGCACUUGAAGCCAACAAUGGGCGAUAUUGAGCUGUGUAGGCUCUUCUCUCUCAGUGAAGAGUUCAGAUAUGUAACUGUAAGGCAGGAUGAGAAGAUGGAAUUGUCCAAGCUUUUGGAUCGUGUUCCUAUUCCGGUCAAAGAGAGCCUUGAGGAGCCUAGUGCAAAAAUCAAUGUUUUACUGCAGGCAUAUAUUUCACAGCUGAAGCUUGAAGGGUUAUCAUUGUCAUCGGACAUGGUUUAUGUGACUCAGAGUGCUGCACGUCUGAUGCGAGCCCUUUUUGAGAUAGUAUUGAAAAGAGGAUGGGCUGUAUUAGCUGAGAAGGCUUUGAAAUGGUGCAAGAUGAUAAGUAAGAGGAUGUGGAGUGUUCAGACACCACUUCGCCAAUUCAAUGGCAUCCCAAAUGAGAUCUUGAUGAGAUUGGAGAAGAAAGAUUUGGCUUGGGAGCGAUAUUAUGAUCUUUCAUCGCAAGAGUUGGGGGAACUUAUCCGUUAUCCAAAGAUGGGAAGAACACUUCACAAGGUCAUUCAUCAGUUUCCAAAGCUAAACCUUGCAGCACAUGUUCAGCCAAUUACCCGAUCAGUUUUGAGGGUGGAAUUGACAAUUACACCAGAUUUCCAGUGGGAAGACAAGGUCCAUGGUUAUGUGGAGCCUUUCUGGAUUAUUGUGGAAGAUAAUGAUGGGGUCUAUAUUCUUCAUCACGAAUAUUUCAUGCUGAAGAAGCAGUACAUUGAUGAGGACCAUACUUUGAACUUCACAGUCCCAAUUUAUGAACCAUUGCCUCCUCAAUACUUCAUCCGUGUUGUGUCUGAUAGAUGGCUAGGGUCUCAAACGGUUUUACCAGUUUCCUUCAGGCAUCUGAUUCUACCUGAGAAGUACCCUCCUCCCACAGAGUUACUAGACUUGCAACCACUGCCAGUUACUGCAUUAAGGAAUUCAGCCUAUGAAGCACUUUAUCAAGAUUUUAAGCAUUUCAAUCCUGUUCAGACUCAGGUGUUUACGGUCUUGUAUAACUCAGAUGACAAUGUUUUGGUCGCAGCUCCAACUGGUAGUGGGAAGACCAUUUGUGCGGAAUUUGCUAUAUUGAGGAAUCAUCAGAAAAGUCCUGGUAGUGCAUUGCGUGCAGUGUAUAUAGCUCCCCUUGAGGCCCUUGCUAAGGAGCGUUACUCUGAUUGGAAGAAGAAAUUCGGAGAUUCUCUUGGAAUGAGAGUGGUUGAAUUAACUGGGGAAACAGCAACUGAUUUGAAACUGUUAGAGAAGGGCCAGGUAAUCAUAAGCACACCUGACAAAUGGGAUGCUUUAUCUCGUCGCUGGAAACAGCGAAAGCAUGUUCAGCAAGUAAGUCUUUUUAUCGUUGAUGAACUGCACCUGAUUGGUGGACAAGGCGGUCCUGUGUUAGAGGUGAUUGUCUCUCGAAUGCGAUAUAUUUCAAGCCAGGUCGCAAACAAAACCCGAGUUGUUGCUUUGUCGACUUCUCUUGCGAAUGCCAAAGAUUUGGGGGAAUGGAUUGGGGCUACGGCUCAUGGCCUUUUCAACUUUCCUCCCGGUGUAAGGCCUGUGCCGUUGGAAAUUCAUAUUCAGGGUGUCGAUAUUGCAAACUUUGAGGCUAGGAUGCAGGCCAUGACAAAACCCACCUACACUGCAAUUGUACAGCAUGCCAGAAUGGGAAAGCCAGCAAUAGUGUAUGUCCCCACGAGGAAGCAUGCACGCCUAACUGCAGUGGAUCUAAUGACUUACUCAGACAUGGACAGUGAAGACACACCCAUGUUUUUGCUGCAGUCUGGAACAGAUCUUGAGCCUUUCGUGGAGAGGAUCAACGAUGACACGCUUAAAGCAACCAUUAAGUAUGGUGUUGGCUACUUGCAUGAAGGCUUGUCCAGCACAGAUCAGGAUAUAGUGAAGACAUUGUUUGAAACUGGAUGGAUCCAAGUAUGUGUGAUGUGCGGCACAAUGUGUUGGGGAGUGCCCCUCUCUGCCCAUUUAGUUGUGGUUAUGGGAACUCAGUACUAUGAUAGCACGGAAAAUGCACACAGUGAUUAUCCAGUAAGUGAUUUGUUGCAGAUGGUGGGCCAUGCCAGUCGACCUCUUGUAGAUAGCUCCGGAAAGUGUGUGAUUCUUUGCCAUGCGCCACGCAAGGACUACUACAAGAAGUUCUUAUACGAAGCGUUCCCAGUCGAGAGCCAUUUGCAACACUAUCUCCACGACAAUUUCAAUGCAGAGGUGGUUACUGAAGUGAUUCAGAGCAAGCAGGAUGCUGUGGAUUACCUCACAUGGACAUUCAUGUAUAGAAGGCUAACUCAGAAUCCAAACUACUAUAACCUGCAGGGUGUUAGCCACAGACAUCUCUCAGAUCACCUCUCCGAGCUGGUGGAGAAUACUCUCGGUGACUUGGAGUCGAGCAAAUGUGUUUCUGUGGAAGACGACUUUUUGCUUUCGCCCCUGAAUCUCGGCAUGAUUGCAUCAUAUUAUUACAUCAGUUACACUACGAUAGAACGUUUUAGCUCUUCUUUGACAUCCAAGACAAAGUUGAAGGGCUUGCUUGAAAUUCUAUCUUCAGCAUCGGAGUAUGAACAGCUGCCGAUUAGACCCGGCGACGAGGAGUUGAUAAGGAGGUUAAUUAAUCAUCAGCGCUUCUCCUUUGAGAAUCCCAAGUAUACAGACCCCCAUGUCAGGGCUAAUGCUCUGUUGCAAGCUCACUUUUCCAGGCAAAUGGUUCGUGGUGAUCUGGCUUCUGACCAGAAAGAAGUGCUUAUCUCUGCUAGUAGGCUACUCCAAGCAAUGGUAGAUGUAAUAUCCAGCAACGGAUGGCUGAAUCUGGCACUUUUAGCAAUGGAAGUGAGCCAGAUGGUCACUCAGGGAAUGUGGGAGCGUGACUCCAUGCUUCUCCAGCUUCCGCACUUCACAAAGGAAUUGGCCAAGAAGUGCCAAGAGAAUCCGGGGAAGAGUAUAGAGACUGUGUUUGAUCUGGUGGAGAUGGAAGACAAGGAAAGGCGUGAACUCUUGCAGAUGUCGGACUCACAGCUUAUGGACAUUGCCCGUUUCUGCAACCGGUUUCCGAAUGUUGAUUUGACAUAUGAUGUGCUUGACGACGGUAAUGUGAGAGCAGGAGACAAUGUGAGCUUGCAGGUCACUCUCGAGCGAGACCUGGAGGGAGGGACAGAGGUGGGGCCCGUGUUUGCGCCUAGAUAUCCUAAAUCCAAGGAUGAAGGAUGGUGGCUUGUUGUGGGAGAUACAAAGAGCAACCAAUUAUUAGCCAUCAAAAGGUUUUCUCUGCAAAGGAAGUCCAAAAUCAAGCUUGAUUUUGCUGCUCCUGCAGAAGCAGGGAUGUACACACUCUAUUUCAUGUCUGAUUCGUAUCUGGGCUGUGAUCAGGAAUAUACUUUUGCUCUCGACGUUAAGGAGGGAAUGGAUGAAGAUGGCGGCAGUUGAAGGAAUUGCUUUCCUGCUGCUUAGUAUUGUGAAGUAAUUAAUGGGAUAGAGGCACACAGAAUAAACAUCUGAGGAAGCUUACAGGUCUGUGCAGAAGCUUAGCAAAAGAGAAGAGGACAACAUGGUGAGUGCUUUGUCUGCCAUUUUUGUGUGGAAAGCAGCUAGAAAUGAAGUUUUAUCCAUUACAGGAAGGUCAUUCCAGCUAGCUGUACUGCAGAUGAAGCAAUCAAUGAACCACUACUGCAAGGAGUGCUAAGGGAGGACAGUAAGUAGGCACUAAUCUCAAUAUCUUCCUAGCCUUGGAUUCACACUUUGUUGGUUUACAUGUUGUUUUGAUGUUUGGGACCUUUUCAUUUUCCACUUCUUCUUUGGAAGUGUGAUUAGUGAAGUGAUUUGCCUGGUUCCAGAAAAUGAUAAGCAUGUGUUUCUUGAUGAAGAAUUGAGAAGAAUACACAUUUCCUUUACCCACAACAGAAUUGCAGUGAAGAAUUAAUCACUGUAACUCAUAACAUCCAUAUUGCCCAAUUUUGACCACUAAUUAAAUAUAAAUGAUACUUGGUAUU